GACAGCGUAAACUCAUUUUUGUAACGUUUUGCCGCUUAUGUCGGCGAAAGUCAAGGAAUUAUAGAAACUUUUAGUCAUUCGUUUACUAUUCAAAUUGUGCCAAUGUUUUACCAACAAACAACAGUAUAUAUGAAUAAACCUGGGAACAUGUAGUGUUUGAGCUAAAGUGUACAUUUUUUAGUGAAGUUUCAAUUUCUAAUGGUUUUUACCUAUAAUAUAGCAGAGUGAAGUGCAAUGUGAUACGCAAUGGCGGGUAAGGAGUUACGGUGGAAAUUAGUGGGUAAUACCAGUGGUCCCCAUCCGAGACCUCGCCAUGGACACCGAGCUGUUGCCAUCAAAGAUUUAAUGGUCGUUUUUGGCGGCGGAAAUGAAGGAAUAGUACAUGAACUUCAUGUUUACAAUACAGCGACGAACCAGUGGUUUGUACCAGUGACAAAAGGAGAUGUACCCCCAGGAUGUGCAGCUUAUGGUUUUGUAGUAGAAGGCACCAGACUUUUAGUAUUUGGGGGAAUGGUUGAAUAUGGAAAAUACAGCAAUGAGUUGUUUGAAUUGCAGGCAUCUAAAUGGGAAUGGAAAAAAAUAAUGCCCAAACCUCCAAAGGCAGGACCUCCACCCUGUCCCAGACUAGGACAUAGUUUUACCAUCGUUAAUAAUAAAGUUUAUUUAUUUGGUGGUUUAGCAAAUGAUAGUGAAGAUCCUAAAAACAAUGUUCCCAGAUAUCUUAAUGACCUGUACUCUCUGGAUAUGAGAAGUAAUCCCAUGCAAUGGGAUAUACCAGUAACCCAUGGCCCUUCACCCCCUCCAAGAGAAUCUCAUACAGGUGUGGCAUAUGUGGAUCGAAAAAAAUUCAAAUCUUUCUUAGUAAUAUAUGGUGGAAUGAGUGGCUGUAGACUUGGAGAUUUAUGGUUUUUGGAUACAGAUUUGAUGACUUGGACUAAACCUAUUGUUUCUGGGAUAACUCCUCUACCAAGAUCUCUGCAUACGUCGACUUUGAUUGGUCAUCGUAUGUUCGUUUUUGGAGGUUGGGUGCCAGUUGUGGCAGACGAAGGCAAACUUGCAAUAAACGAAAAAGAGUGGAAAUGUACGAGCACAAUGGCAUGCUUGAAUCUAGAGACAAUGUCAUGGGAUGACUUAAAUAUUUGUGCUGAAAGUGAAAAUAGUGUGCCUUGCGCUAGAGCAGGGCAUUGUGCUGUAGGCAUUAGUACUAGACUGUAUAUAUGGUCUGGUAGAGAUGGUUAUAGGAAAGCCUGGAAAAAUCAAGUGUGUUGUAAAGAUUUAUGGUAUUUGGAAGUAGACAGGCCUUCAGCUCCUAGUCGAGUAUCUCUUGUUAAAGCUGGAACUCAUUCACUUGAAGUUAACUGGACGGGGUCUCCUUCAGUUCCCAUAUAUGUGUUACAAAUUCAGAAGUAUGAUAUACCCCCUACCAUAACGCCAUCACCUAAACCUAGUCCAACACCCAUUAUUCAGCAACUUGGUUCUCCUAAAGCAGUACAGUCCAUACCUGGAAGCCCACCAGGAGUUGUACAAAGUAAGGCUCCUUUAACUACCAUUAUGAGUCCUACCAAGAACCAAGUGAAAGCACGACUUCCAGCAACAAAACCUAUUGUUGCCACUGUCACUCAAAAUGUUAGUCAACAGUCCAUUCCAAUUUCUGUGAAUGCCUCAACUGCAGAACCUAUUAAAGUAGUUCAGCAAAAUCAGUCAAGUUCUGUACAGAUGUCUGGUAUCCAGGCUUUAGCAGCUGCAGCUGCUGCUACUCAGAAAAUUACGGUUUCGCAGCAGGCUCAAAUAAAAUUAGCUGCACCAGUGAGAGUGCCUGGAGCUCAAGGACAGGCAAUAAUUAAAACAGCUUCACCUCAAGCUGGCAAACAAGUUUUAGUUAAGCCAGGCACCAAUAUUAUUCAAAAGUCUGGAGGUGUUUCACAACAGGUUGUGACACUCGUGAAAACUAGUACAGGCAUGACACUGGCAACUUUAGCAAAAGGCGGUAAUAUUGUCCAGAGCAAAGCUCCUGGACAAGUACUUUCACAACAAGCUAAAAACACAAUAGUUAAAAUUGCUCCCAGUAAUGCUACAGGAAAUAAGCAAGUAUUGACUACUUUAAAAACUCUUCCUUCAAAUAUUAUUCAGAUGAAUAAAACCACUGGAAAACUGGUAUUACAAAAGAGAGCUACGGGACAAUUGGCAGCCGGUAAUCCGCAAGUCAUCGUUGUUAGUUCAACUGCAGGGCUUAAAAAUGUACAAACACUCACCAAUGCUCAAACUGUCUCUUUGGUUAAAACCAAUAUGGUAAACACCACACCUAUAGUAGCAGAUUCCACAAUGCAAAGUGUCAACCUGGAAAUUUAUGAUGAAAGUGGAAAUAAAAUGCAGUGUUCUGAUUUAGAUAUGAAUCAGAUGGUGAAUAUUGCCCCAAAAGAGGAUGUUGAAUUUUUGAAUGCUUCAAUGGAUGUUGACCAAGUAGACUUAACUGCUUCGGCAGAUAAACUCGAAUCCGUUGGCAUGUUGCAGAAAAGUAAAAGUCCUGGAAAACUGGUACUAUCAAAGAGAACGUCUAAUACAGGCAGUCAACCGCAAGUCUUGGUCGUUAGUUCUGCCGGCGGCCUGAAGACUGUUCAAGCACUAAGUCAUACUCAGACGGUAUCCUUAGGAAAAACAACCACAGUCAAUUCUAACCCAGUUGUAACUACGACGACGAUACAAGGGCUACAGGGCGUCAAAAUAGCCAAGCCAAUAUCUAUAUCUAUGCCAAUGCAAGUAGUUGGAUCCCCGAAAACUGUCACACUUGCUAAAACCACUAAACAGGUGAUGAUUGGUGGAAAACCUGUGACAGUCCAGAUGGCUUCGGGGGGUAACAAGACAUUAACAGUGGUGCAACCAUCCCAGAUCAGUGGAAAGAUUUUACGAAUUCCUUCGACCCAAACUGUCUCCAAUAAUGCUGAACAGCCUAAGCUUAUGGUAGUUCAAAGGCCGAAACAAACGGUUACACAACCUUCUGCUACUUUGGCAUCAUCGUUUGAAGGACCGGCAACCACCGAUGCUGCUUUAGCAGCUUUGGCAGCUGAAGCUGGAUUAAUUGUUCCUGAUCAGGAUGGUGGUCAGUUCGAAAGCAAAGAUUUGGACAUGUCAUUAGCAGAAUCAACGACGAUUCCUGUUGAUGACAGUCCCCCUCAAUCUGAUUGCUCCAUGUCAGAAGUUUCAGAAACUUCAUUGGGCCUAAGAGGAGGAAGUUUGUACUCAAAAUUAUCAUUAAAAGGAGGUUUUCAUCCUCCUCCAGUUGGUUACAAAUAUAGAAAAAUGGGUUUACGAGGAGGUAGUAAGGAUAAAACUUGCAAAACUCCACAUGUCGGUAAAUCAACAGCUAAAUCUUAUCCAACUGAGGAGUUCCAGAAUAUUGAAGUAACAAAUACGGAUGAUAAAACGUUCAUCAUGAUAAAAAAAGAUGUACCAGCAGCAUAUCUCUUGCCAGAGACUUCUCCGGUAAAAAACAUUUUUACUUGAUCAAGACGUUGAUGUGAAGAAAGCAAUUUCAAGAAAAUAUGAUUUGGCCACGUUCAUCACGGCAUUCCGUCUUAUAUAAUCUAUUUUAAACUCUUAUUUUCACCGAAAGACCGAACCAAAGCAAACAUAGGUUCUAUCGUUUGGUGAUUGACUAGAUCGCAAUGUUUCAUACCUUAAUGAAGUCAUUGUGUGCUAAAGAAAUACCUGCUGAGCAUGGCCGGUUUUUAAUGUAAAGAAUAAUAUAAUUAUAAAUAUUAUAAAUAUAUAAAUAUGAGUUGGAAUCCAUAAACGACAAUGGGCUGUCACUUUUAUUGUUGCUAAUGUAUUUUUCUGUUUGGACUUUCUGGAAAUCAUUUUGCAACUGCCAAUUAACGAAGUAUCAACUAUACUGAAGGUUUGUCUUGUAAAGUGUUUUACAAGGAAGGGAUGAUAUUUUUGUAAUUAGUAUAUACUGAGUUGAACAUUUUAUUUUUUCAAAAAUUAUCUAAAGUAAGGAUAAAAUUUUUUAUAAACGCAAGAGAGAGAGGGUGGAUGUUUUUUAUAGUUGCUUUUUUUACUGUUCGUCGUUAAACAUCUUCGAUAACACUGUUACGCCUAGAUAUAGUCUGGGAAAAAUAGAUAUUCUAGGUUGGGCAAGUUUAAAUACAUAGUAUCGGAGAAGUACAUUGCGCAGUAUAGAAAUAUAACUAUGAAAGCUCUAAUUUAAUAGAUAUCUAUUUUUCCUGGUCGAUCUGUUACGGACCACGGGUGGUUUUUUGUCUGAAAUUGGAAGGUUAGCUCGUUUUUAAAAAAUUAUUUGUCAGAAGCACGGAAUAUAUUUAAUUUAUGUUAGUAGAUGUAACUUUUAUAAUUCGGUUUUUUAUAUGUAUUUGCGAGAUCAUGGAAAACAACCUUCCGCUAUUAUUAUAUUAUUUUAUCUGUUUAUAACUAAGGUCUAUUAAAUGUAAAUAGAAAACGUAGGUGCAUUCAUUCUUAGUAUGCUAUGCCCGAACAUACUUUUAUUUUUUAAUUAAGUAGUUUAUUUAGCCGAACACAUUUUUUUUAAAGAUGUCAACAACAUCCAUAUAUUCAAUUUUCAUACAUUUUAUUUAUGUUCUGGUUCAUUAUACUGCCCAUUAAAUAAUAAAUUAUUUACAAGAGUCAAA